GGUCCCUGCCCGCCUGUCCGUCCCUGCUGUCCCUGGACCUGUCGGCCAAUCCCAGAAUUCCAAAGGGAAUUUGAGGAUAAGGAAGCCGGAAUUCCAAAGGCUUUUUCCAUUGGAAUUUGGUGAUGGGAAAUGGGAAUUCCAAAGGGAUUUUUGGGAUGGGAAGUGAGAAUUCCAAAGGGUUUUUUUUCCAUGGGAAUUGGUGGUGGGAAAUCAGAAUUCCAAAGGGAAUUUGGGAUAGAAAACCGGAAUUCCAAAGGUUUUGGGAUGGGAAAUGAGAAUUCCAAAGGGAUUUUCCUCGGGAAUUUCAGAUGGAGACUCAAAAUUCCAAAGGAUUUUGGGAUGGAAAACCAGAAUUCCAAAGGGAAUUUGAGGAUAAGGAAGCCGGAAUUCCAAAGACUUUUUCCAUUGGAAUUUGGGAUGGGAAACGGGAAUUCCUAAAGGAAUUUUCUGUGGGAAUUUGGAGUGGGAAAACUGGAAUUCCAAAGGAUU